GUUUGUAAGCGAAUGGACUUGGUUUGCCAGCGAAUGUUGAAUCAGGGAUUUCUGAAAGUGGAAAGAUACCACAACUUGUGUCAAAAGCAAGUUAAAGCUCAGCUUCCAAGACGGGAGUCAGAAAGAAGAAACCAUUCAUUAGCUCGUCAUGCAGACAUCCUUGCUGCAGUAGAAACGAGACUUUCUCUGUUAAAUAUGACUUUCAUGAAGUAUGUGGAUUCCAAUCUCUGUUGCUUCAUACCUGGAAAGGUAAUAGAUGAAAUUUAUCGUGUGCUAAGGUAUGUAAACUCUACAAGAGCUCCUCAGAGAGCUCAUGAAGUUCUUCAAGAACUAAGGGAUAUUUCCUCCAUGGCUAUGGAAUAUUUUGAUGAGAAGAUUGUUCCAAUACUGAAAAGAAAGAUGCCUGGGUCAGAUGUAUCGGGACGUCUGAUAGGAACUGCCCCAGUUCCAGGGCCUUCUGCAGCACUGACAACAAUGCAGCUGUUCUCCAAGCAGAACCCUUCGAGACAGGAAGUCACCAAACUCCAGCAGCAAGUGAAAGCGAAUGGCACAGGCUUGACAGCGCUAAAGCGGGAAAUCUCAGAGCUUCGCAUCAAAGUGCAAGAGCAACAGAAACAACUCCAAGAUCAAGAUCAGAAACUGCUAGAGCAAACCCAAAUCAUAGGUGAACAGAAUGCCCGAUUGGCUGAGCUUGAACGCAAGCUGCGAGAGGUAAUGGAGAGCACAGUAGGAAAUUCUUCAGGUUCUGGCUCAAAUGAACAAUCUCCUAGAAAACGGAGGAAGGUGGUUGAAUCCACAGACUGUCCUAGGAAAUCUAAACGCCUUCGAAACAGAAAAUAACUUGGGAGUAAAUGACACCUUCAGGAGGAUACACUGCUCUAGUAGCCCAAGCACAGCUGCUUGUUUGGAUACUGUGACUAGCUUCAUGGUGUCAGUUAGGCUGCUGGCUCCUCAAAACACCACUUAGACUUGAACAGUAAUCUCCUUUCAUUGAGACUUUUCCCCUGCUUUCUGUAUGCGUGGGCCUAAUGCACAGAAUCUUUAAGAUUUGCAAUAGAUACAUA